CUAUUACUUCAUCCGGGGUUUCCCGCGUCACCGCAUAGUCGGGGAGGUCGCCAUACUUCUCUUUGUCUGUGUAAAAUAAGACCUUUCAAGAUGGAGAACCCUGAAACAAUUGGAAUGAGACGGCCGUUCGAUCCUGUGGCACAUGAGUUGGAUGCUAGUUUCCGACUCACCAAGUUUGCUGACCUAAAGGGAUGAGGGUGUAAAGUCCCUCAAGAAGUUCUUGAUAAGCUUCUCGAGGGACUACAACAGGACAGCAAUGCCCAGGAGUCGGAGCAGUCUCAUUUCCAGUACAUGGCUGAAACUCCCCGAAUGGGUAUUGGUAUGGAUGCAUCAGUCACACCAUUACGUCAUGGAGGUCUCUCAUUGGUUCAGACAACAGAUUUCUUCUAUCCUUUGGUUGAUGACCCUUAUAUGAUGGGUAAAAUUGCUUGUGCUAAUGUUCUGAGUGAUCUGUAUGCUAUGGGUGUGACAGAUUGUGACAACAUGUUGAUGUUGCUUGGUGUCAGUAAUAAAAUGACAGAGAAAGAACGAGAUAUUGUUGUUCCCAUGAUGUUGAGGGGAUUUAAAGACCAUGCUGAAGAAGGUGGAAGUUCUGUUACUGGUGGUCAAACAGUCAUCAACCCAUGGUUAACUAUUGGUGGGGUAGCUACUACAGUUUCACAGCCCAAUGAAUUUAUUAUGCCAGAUAAUGCUGUAGUUGGUGAUGUGUUGGUAUUAACAAAACCUUUAGGAACACAAGUAGCUGUGAAUGCUUAUCAAUGGUUAGACCAGCCAGAGAGAUGGAACAGGAUUAAACUGGUUGUAUCAGAUGAUGAUGUAAGGAAAGCAUACCAAAGAGCUAUGUUUAGUAUGGCUAGGCUUAAUAGAACAGGUGCUAGACUUAUGCAUAAAUACAAUGCUCAUGGAGCCACAGAUGUCACAGGAUUUGGACUGUUAGGACAUGCUAAAAACCUUGCUAAGAUUCAGAAGAACGAAGUGAGCUUUGUCAUCCAUAAUUUGCCCAUUAUAGCAAAAAUGGCUUCAAUAAGUAAAGCCUGUGGAAACAUGUUUGGUUUGUUACAAGGACAUUCAGCAGAAACAUCAGGAGGUUUAUUAAUGGCAUUACCAAGGGAACAAGCAGCAGCAUUCUGUAAAGACAUUGAAAAACAAGAAGGUUAUCAAUCGUGGAUUAUAGGAAUUGUAGAGAAAGGAAACCGAACAGCAAGAAUAAUAGACAAACCAAGAGUGAUAGAGGUUCCAGCCAAAGACAGAGACGGAGAGCUCUGGUAGCCAUUGAACACAUGCAAAAAUUCUCAUAAUCCUUAUGUUUUUGUACAUCAUAUUUAUACUUUGUCUGAACUGAGCAAAUUUUCAAGGAUUUAUUUGUUGGUAUAUUUUCAAGGAUUAAUUUGUUGGUAUCUUUUCAAGGAUUAAUUUGUUGGUAUCUUUUCAUCUCAUUUUCAUCUUUUAAUCAUACUUCAUUGUUAAAUUUUUAUUUUUUUAAUUGAAGAUGGUAAAGAAAGAAGCAGAGUUGUCUGUCCUGGGCUCACUAUUGCUUUAUACAUUGUAUCUGUAUAUUUUGUGACUCACCUGUGUAUGAAGUGGAUCUGACCAACAUAUAACAAUAUGAAUAGGUCCAUAGAUGUAGCAGUGUUAUCACAUUGUGUACAGAUACAAAGAUGCAUCUUUAUUAUGUUAUUUGGACAAUUUUGACAUUUUCCUUGGUUCCAGAAUAAAUUAAAUUGUAUGUUUAACAAAUUACAUGUAUAUAAUGGCUGAGAAUUUGUUUUUCUCCUUAUGAUCAUGAAAUAAAGUUAGACCUUAUGAAUUAAUUGUUUCACUGCUGUUCAGGCUUUGGUUGGUGAUAAUUCAAUUCAAAUGUUAACAAAAUAAUCAUGAUUGUUGAUGAGGCUGAUUAAUUGAAAUCAUGGAAUUUGUGAUCAUUGUCCAAAAUAAAAUGAAGAAAUCAAUGUCAUUAAAAAAUAUACAAUGUUAAAAA